CGCGGCGGAGCCCGAGGAGGGAGGAGGGGAGCCAGCGGAGAAGGGUCAGCCGCGGCGGCGGGGCGGCGGCGGCAGCGGCGCAGCUCCGCUCCCCGCGCGUCUCCCGUCCCCGCGCCCAGGUAGGGAGCGCAGCCUCCGCCGCCGCCGGGAUGCGGCCGCCCGCCUGCCGCGGCUGCCGCCUCGCGCCGCCAGCGCUGCUCGCGCUCCUCACCGGCUUCCUGGCUUUCGGUUUGGCUUCUGAAGAUACAAAGAAAGAGGUCAGGCAGUCUCAGGAUUUGGAGAAAAGUGGUAUAUCAAGGAAAAAGGACAUAGACUUAAAAGAAAUUAUAUUUGUCAUCCAGAGUCAAAGUAAUUCUUUUCAUGCAAAGAGAGCAGAGCAAUUAAAAAAAAGCAUCUUGAAACAGGCUGCAGAUCUCACACAGGAGCUCCCCAGUGUCCUCCUCCUUCAUCAGCUAGCUAAGCAAGAAGGUGCAUGGACCAUACUUCCAUUAUUACCGCACUUUUCGGUAACAUAUAGCAGAAAUGCAUCAUGGAUUUUCUUCUUUGAAGAAGAGACAAGAAUACGGGUUCCAAAACUCUUGGAAACUCUCAGAAGAUACGACUCCUCUAAGGAAUGGUUUUUAGGAAAAGCAUUACAUGAUGAAGAAUCUACAAUAAUUCACCAUUAUGCCUUUUCCGAGAAUCCUACAGUUUUUAAGUAUCCAGACUUUGCUGCAGGCUGGGCCUUAAGUAUUCCACUUGUAAACAAGCUUACCAAGAGACUAAAGAGUGAAUCUCUGAAAUCCGACUUUACAAUAGAUUUAAAACAUGAGAUUGCCCUCUACAUCUGGGACAAAGGCGGAGGACCUCCCCUGACUCCAGUGCCCGAGUUUUGUACCAAUGGUGUGGACUCCUACUGUGCUACCACAUUCCAUUCUUUUCUACCACUUUGUGGAAAGCCAGUGAAGAAGAAGGAUAUUUUUGUUGCAGUAAAAACAUGCAAGAAAUUUCAUGGUGACAGAAUACCUAUUGUUAAACAGACUUGGGAGAGCCAGGCAAGUCUUAUUGAAUACUACAGUGACUAUGCAGAAAGUUCCAUCCCUACUGUGGAUUUGGGAAUUCCUAACACAGAUAGAGGUCAUUGUGGAAAGACAUUUGCCAUUUUGGAAAGAUUUCUGAAUCGUAGCCAGGACAGAACAGCAUGGUUAGUCAUUGUGGAUGAUGAUACGUUAAUAAGUAUCUCCAGGCUCCAGCACCUGCUUAGCUGUUACGACUCCAGCGAGCCUGUGUUUCUGGGAGAGCGUUACGGCUAUGGCCUGGGCACUGGCGGCUACAGCUACGUCACGGGAGGAGGAGGAAUGGUCUUCAGCAGAGAAGCCAUCAGGAGACUUCUUGCCAGUAAAUGUCGGUGCUACAGCAACGAUGCUCCUGAUGAUAUGGUCCUGGGAAUGUGCUUUAGUGGCCUGGGAAUCCCUGUGACUCACAGCCCUCUCUUCCAUCAGGCUCGGCCGGUGGAUUACCCUAAGGACUACCUUUCUCAUCAGGUUCCCAUAUCAUUCCACAAACACUGGAACAUCGAUCCAGUGAAGGUGUAUUUCACAUGGUUGGCACCCAGUGAGGAACACAAAGCCAGGCACGAGACACAGAAAGGUUUUAGAGAGGAGUUGUAAAACAGGGUGGCCUAUGGGCAUAGCCUGCGCAGGGAACGGAGUAGAGACUGGCCUCGUCCUGCUGUGCUGUGCUCACAACACUUCUGUCUGCCACGUGGCAUUGGAUGCUUCCUGACUUUAGGGCGAUAUUUUGUGUAUGGUAUUUUUUGACAGAGGAAGGAAAGGGGUCAUAGGAGAAACAUUGUUUCUGGGAAAUAAUCACUUGCUUUUGACUUACACAGUUGUUGUAACAUGUAGUGAUAACUGUGUAUUCUCCAAGCUGUGAUACAGCAGUUUUAUUAUUGUCACAGGAAAAUAAAUGGUACCAGAAGUCCCUUUCCUGUUCUCUCUCUUUAUUAUAAUGGAAAUUUCAGUUGAGCAUGAGCCUGGAGAGAUGUGACUGUCUGCAGUUCUAUUUGUAUAUAUAAAAAGAAGAGUGAAAGUCUUUUGAAAUGGAUAUUACAAUGGUGUGAACUUUUAAAUCAUAUUAUUGAUGAUGAAAAUUAUUUCCUGGGAACUCAGUAGGAAUAAUGCUGUAUUAAGGAAUAAUACUGUACAUAAAACAUCAUGAAAGUCUAGAUAUGAAAUCCCCUGAAGUCCGUAAUCAUGGUGGUUAUGUUUUAUCUAUUCUUCUGCUGUUUGUGCCUCAUAAAAAGAGAAUGAGGUCUUCUGCUAGACUCGCAGGCGUCCUCAAACUACGGCCCGCGGGCCGCAUGUGGCCCCCUGAGGCCAUU